CGCCCUUCAAUACAGCCUAAAGAAAAAGAAGAAUACGUCGAAAGUAGACGUGGCAAUGACGUCAGUGCCGGAAAUUACCCGGAUCAGAACUUUAACUCCUACGUUGAUUAGUUUUCUGCCAUCAGGAGCUGGUGAAAGAUGUUAUAAUGUCUAGUCAAACAUGUGUGUAUAUAUGCCGAUGAAGGAUACCCCACCUUGGAUGUAAGUUUAACAUACCAGCGGGAAAUCUACAGUAUCGAUACAUCCGACAGACUAAAGGGGGACCCAGCGCUCCCCGGUUGUUUGUGUUGUUCUAGCGGGCCAAAGACUCUUCAAUAGGCAGGAUGACGUGCCGUGACCGGACCCAUGAGUUUCAAUCCGCCUGUAAAUCUCUCCAGGGCAGACAGAAUGGAGUCCAGCCCAGUAAACCAGCCCUCAAUGCUCUCAAGCAGCGCAGUGACUUCACAGUUAUGGCUAAGAGAAUUGGGAAAGACCUAAGCAACACAUUUGCCAAGCUGGAAAAGCUCACUAUUUUGGCAAAAAGAAAAUCCCUUUUUGAUGACAAGGCAGUGGAGAUUGAGGAGCUAACUUAUAUCAUAAAACAGGACAUAAACAGUUUAAACAAACAGAUAGCUCAACUGCAGGACCUGGUGAGGACCCGUGGAGCUCCUGGAGGCAGACACAUCCAGACACACUCAAACACUAUAGUAGUGUCUUUACAGUCUAAACUGGCAUCAAUGUCCAAUGACUUCAAGUCAGUUCUAGAAGUCAGAACAGAGAAUCUGAAGCAGCAGCGCAGCAGGAGAGAGCAGUUCUCUCAGCCCCCUGUCGCAACCUCUCCUCUGAUGGCCAACAACUUCAGGAGCCGCAAAAAAGGGGCCCAGGAGCCGCAUGCAGCUCGUGAGCCGCGCAUUGACUACCAGGGCUAUACCACCUCAGAUUUAAAAGAGAGUUCAGUGCUGAUGCAGGAUGAGUCCAGGAGUCUCGGGGACGUGGCCAUCGACAUGGACUCUCAGACCAACCCCCUGCAGCUGCAGCUCAUCGAUGAGCAGGACUCGUACAUCCAGAGCCGUGCAGACACCAUGCAGAACAUAGAGAGUACCAUUGUGGAACUGGGUUCUAUAUUCCAGCAGUUAGCACACAUGGUUAAAGAGCAGGAAGAGACGAUUCAAAGGAUUGAUGCAAACGUGGAGGACACUCAGUUGAACGUGGAGGCUGCCCACUCAGAGAUCCUCAAGUAUUUCCAGUCCGUCUCCUCCAACCGCUGGCUGAUGAUCAAGAUAUUUCUUGUCCUCAUCGUAUUCUUCAUUGUCUUCGUCAUCUUUUUCGCCUGAGGAAAGGAGAGCCAUCCAAACAAAGCAGAACGGGAUGAGGGAAUGGGAAUAUUACAAUUUACAUUGGACUGAGACAAUGUGUCCAAGCAUUAUAUUUAAAGGACAGGCAUUUCUGUCAAAGAGACGGUUAAAUGGAAGCUCGGGAACCACUCGGAUCUUUAUUGACUUGUUGGGUUUUUAUUAAGCCACAGACUCUUGGUCUUAAUUGAAUGAAGAUGCACAGAAGAAAGAAGAUGUUAAACUUCGUUCCAAGAAGAAAAACCAAUUAUAUAGAUUUCCAACUUUGUACAGAGAGAGCAGAAAACUGCUCUUUAUUGACCAAUUAUUCAUAAACAUUUAAUCAAAGUGUCUAUAAUUUAAUGGUUUGGUUCUGCAAACUGGCUUUUUAAUUCAGAUUUUCUUUUUUCUUCCUUUUUGCCACGUGUGAUUAGCAUUAUGGUUUAAACCAAGCCAAACAGGAUGAUAUUUGUUUGCUUCUUAGUUCAACUGCUUUUUAUCCAGUGUCCCAUUUUCUCCCCGGCACAUCUUCACUAAACGUGACUUAGUGAUGAUGUAAAAUAUUUGUUUUAUUCUCUACAUUUUUUCUGUUUGCCAAAUACUAAUGCUAAAUGAAUUAACACAGUACAAAAGGAUUGGCUGUGAUUCUGGUACUUUUUUCUUCAUAUAGUCUGGGUCGAGCUAUGAAGCCUGGUGUUAAUUCAGAACAGAGCUUUACCAUUAUGUUAAAACACACAAAGCUAACAUCUAAUAUCUCUGGAGUCCAGCCAUAAGGCAGGCAGGUUGAGCAAGUGCCACAGAAAGACGACCAUUGGAAACAGGACCAGGACACCUAAGUUAUCCAUUCAGCUGACUCCCUUGAAGUUUCUCAUGUGGGGUCACUAUAAAAGCCAUUUCCCUUUUUUUCUCAUGUACAGGGAAUAAUUUAAGUAAUCACAUCUUUUUAAGGAGAGUGAACUUUAUUUCUAGGUUUACUCCCUGUUUGUUCUUUUAGCCAAAUGCCUUGACUUUGAUCUGUAAAGUGCAAAUAGUAAUAAUGACAAGGCAGUGCAUAGUUAUGAUACUGUAAGUGGUGUAGGCAUUUAUUGUAGAGAUGUAUUCACAAUAUAAUUGGAUUGUUAGCAGUGAUUAUAAUUGAGCACAUGGAGGCAGAAUGGCAGUUAACAGGGCGAUGUUGCAGUUUAUAUUUCAGCACCACCUCAGUGUGGACAGGGUUCUUAAAAUCCUUAAAUGUGACUCAGUUCUAGUGCUGCUGAAAUGCAAUGAAACUGCAUUCUGUGGCAUCAAAAAGCUGUCCGACAGAGAUGUUCACAUAGUAAUAACAGUAAUGAAAGCUUGUCCUCCACACACCUGUGUUACAAUUACAACUGUAAAAGUGCUGGAAACUGUGAACUGACCUUCAAAGCGCUGGAUUCUGAUGGAGAAAAAAAGUAUAUGAAACCUGUAAAAAGACUAAAUAUUUAUUUUUGCUGCUGUUCAUUUUUUUUUAUGUUACAGACCCCAGAAAGAAUCAUAUAUAUAAACAUUUUCACUGUCAAACUACAAUAAACAACGGGAUUUCCUUUA